CCGGAUCCGCUGGGGCGUUUGUGCUGCAGUGCAAAAAUCAGUGGCAGGACGGUAAACUACAUGAACUCCAGAUGUUUGAAGGAUUAAACAAUAACCAACACGUCUGGAUUAGAUGAUAAUUGUUCAUACACGGAAGUGUCCUGCGAAUCAAGACACGAGGUCUUCUGAACCAGAUCUGGGACCUUUGUGUGCUCCGAUUAAAUGUCAUCCAACAUCUUUCAUUGAACGUUAAGACAUUCGUUCCACUCUUCGUUUCCUGGGUUGUGAUUGGCUCGUCUCUUCCCCUUCCUCUCUUCUCAUUGGCUCUCUGGGGUAACGUCUCUAGUGAAGCGGGCCGAAACAUGGAGCCCAUUUACGCCACGGGAAUGGCUGCGAAGCUGCGGAGUCAGUGGGACCGGGAUGCAGGAUUGGGUCAGAACCACAACGCCGUGAAGUUCCUGGGACAAGAUUACGAGUCGCUGAGGGCCCAGUGCCAGCGCGCGGGGACCCUGUUUGAAGACCCUCUGUUCCCAGCCUGCAGCUCUUCUGUGGGCUUCAACGAGCUGGGCCCGCGCUCCUCCAAGACGCAGGGAUUACGCUGGAAGAGGCCGACGGAGAUUUGCAUGCGUCCCCGGUUCAUUGUGGAUGGAGCGACGCGCACGGACAUCUGUCAGGGAGCUCUAGGUGACUGCUGGCUGCUGGCGGCCAUCGCGUCUCUGACCCUGAACGAUACUCUCCUGCACCGCGUGGUGCCGCACGGGCAGGACUUCGACGGGAGCUAUGCGGGAAUCUUCCACUUCCAGUUCUGGCAGUUCGGCGAGUGGCUGGACGUGGUGAUUGAUGACCGGCUGCCGGUGAAGGAUGGGAAGCUGUUGUUCGUCCACUCGGCGGAGGGUGGAGAGUUCUGGAGCGCUCUGCUGGAGAAGGCCUACGCCAAGCUGAACGGCUGUUACGAGGCUCUGUCGGGCGGCAGCACGUCCGAGGGCUUCGAGGACUUCACGGGCGGGGUCACGGAGAUGUACGAGCUGAAUAAAGCGCCCGCUGACCUCUUCAGCAUCAUCGGCCGGGCCGUGGAGAGAGGCUCGCUGCUGGGCUGCUCGAUCGACAUCACCAGUAAGUUCGACAUGGAGGCGGUGACCUUUAAGAAGCUGGUCAAAGGUCACGCGUACUCAGUGACUGGAGUGGAAGAGGUGGUCUACAGGGGAAACAUGACUAAACUGGUGCGCAUCAGGAACCCAUGGGGGGAGGUGGAGUGGACGGGGGCCUGGAGUGACAACUCUCGGGAAUGGGACAAUGUGGACCACUCCGUCCGGGGCCGAUUACAGAACCGCAGCGAGGACGGAGAGUUCUGGAUGUCGUUCAGUGAUUUCCUGCGUGAGUUCAGCCGUUUGGAGAUCUGUAACCUGACGCCGGACGCUCUCCAGGCGGGUCAGGUGAAGAAGUGGAGCACGUCGCUCUAUCAGGGCGAGUGGAGGAGAGGCAGCACGGCUGGCGGCUGCAGGAACUUCCCAGCCACGUUCUGGAUCAACCCUCAGUUCAAGGUGGCCUUAAAACAUCCGGAUUCUCCUGGCCAAUCAGAUUGCAGCUUCCUGGUGGCGCUGAUGCAGAAGGACCGCAGGAAGAAGCGGAGAGAAGGAAAGGACAUGGAGACCAUCGGGUUCGCCAUUUACGAGGUGCCAAAUGAGUAUUUGGGUAGGUCGGCUGUGCACCUGAAGCGGGAUUUCUUUCUCAGUCACGCGUCCAGCGCUCGCUCUGAGCUCUUCAUCAACCUGCGGGAGGUGAGCUCACGCUUCCGUCUGCCGGCCGGCGAGUACAUCAUCGUACCGUCCACCUUCGAGCCCAACAAAGAGGGAGACUUCGUGCUCAGAGUGUUCUCCGAGAAACCAGCCAACUCAGAAGAAAUGGAUGAUAAAGUCACGGCUGAUAUUCCCGAGGAGCAACAUCUGCAGGAGAGUCAGAUUGAUGCCGGGUUUAAGAGUCUCUUCAGACAGCUGGCUGGACCGGACAUGGAAAUCAGUGUGACGGAGCUGCAGACCAUCCUGAACCGAAUCAUCUCCAAACAUAAAGAUUUAAAGACAGACGGCUUCGGGAAGGAGUCCUGUCGGAGCAUGAUCAACCUCAUGGAUGCGGACGGCAGCGGGAAGCUCGGACUCACAGAGUUUCAUGUGUUGUGGGAAAAGAUUAAACGCUACCUGCAAAUCUUCCGAGACCACGACCUGGAUAAAUCGGGCACCAUGAGCUCGUACGAGAUGAGGAGAGCCCUGGAAGCGGCAGGGUUUAAGCUGAACAACCAUUUAUUCCAGCUGAUCAUCCUGCGCUACACGGAGCAAGACCUCUCUGUGGACUUCGACAACUUCGUCACCUGUUUAGUGCGCCUGGAGACCAUGUUCAAGACCUUCAAAACGAUGGACACAGACGCAGACGGGGUCGUGUCGCUCACGUUCUUCGAGUGGAUCUCUCUGACCAUGUUUGCCUGAAAUGGACACAUUUCCACCCUUCGUCUGCACUGAGACGUCUAGGAAGUGCCUUCAUUUCCACACAUCUUCAACGCACUUCUAAUGGACAGAUAGCCUUAAGUCACGAAGCCCUGUUUACAUCGACUUCAAUCAGAGCGUGGACAAUACAGUGCCAAUCGUGAGUGUUCCUGAAGCCAAGAGAAGCUCUAUCACACCAUUCACAGCAUGUUUUACUCAUUCUGGAUCCAGCUGCAUGCGUUUUUCGUUUACACUUUACGUGCCAAAUCAAUCAUUGCCAAUUUCAAUCAUUCUCAGCUGUUUUUAAAUCAAGUUUUAUGAUCUUGAGCUGCAUAUUUUUUCAGUGAAUGCCAUAUCUGAAUGUUGUACACCUAAGGAAUGCUGUAUUAGAAACGCACGUGUGCAUUUGAGCCCAGCUUUACUUACAGAAAGUGUUUGUUUGGACUGAAGUUUAUGCAGCUGUUUUAUGGGACAAGCCAAAGGAUCUUUUAUCAAGCUCAAAGGGACAUGCAUUUUUAUUUUCUAUACAGUACUUAAGUUCUGUUUUAUAUGAGCAAUUCAAAACCUCUAUUCAAUACAACAGGAGCAACAGAACCAACAGAUCGAAUCUGAUAUACAGAACCACGAGACUGAACCUUUUUUUUACUAUACAACGAUGAAAAGGUGGAGGAAUCUCUUCUUUUUUUUUAAUGCCAAUCAGCAGGUUUUACAAAAUAUUUUUUUCCUUUGUCGAUUCAUUUUUGUGGGGUUUCUUUUCAAUAAACUUUCUUU